AUGUUUUCCUUUACUAGCGACGAGAGCCUCCGGGCAUAUCUUGCUUUUGUUAUUGCCUUUGCGGUUUUGAUUGUUCCGUUCAAGUUCUACUUGUUUUGCUUUUGUUUCGUCUUUUUUUAUGCCUUGCUGGGCGUUACCGACGCCGAAGCAAAAAUCUUGCUCCAAAACAUGGAGUCAAAGGCUGCAGAGCUGGUGUCUGCUUUGAAGAACAGCAACCUGUCCAUUGAUGCAAAGAUCUUCCAUUUGAACGGUGUCAAGUCCGACAUCAAGCAGAAAAAUGUCCCUGAGGAUGCCGUGCCGGCGAUUUUUGAAUCUUCGCGGCUGUCUAUUGCUUCUCAGCACUCAUCUCUUCUUUCUGCUGGUUUUUCAACGCUUGGUCACCUUCUGAAGCGGCUGUUCAUCCAGGAUCAGGCUUAUUUGAUCUCUGUCCAAGCUCGCAUUCUCUAUCCCAUACUUUUGGAGCGCUUGGGCGACCACAAAGAGCGUGUCAGAGCUCAGGCGGCCCAGGCAUUCACCGAUCUAUGGCCAGCUGCAAGUGCCGACGUCGAACACUAUGUUCUUGAAACUGCCCUGGUGGGAAAGAAUCCCCGGGCCAAGGAAAUGAGCAUGAUCUGGUUGUCAAAUAUGACCAAGAACCAUGGCUUGCUCUUCCGCUCUUACGUUUCGAGCCUUGUUGCAUGUCUUGAGGAUGCCGAUAGUGUCGUCCGAGACACAGCGAAAUUGACCGUCGUUGAGCUUUUUCAGAAUGCAUCUGCCCGGGCUAAGGCUGACCUUAGUACGAAGUUUGCCGAGCAAAAUGUGAGGAAGUCAAUCGUCAAUGCGAUUAUCGCUGGUAUUGGCUCGACUCUUGUCGAAGCUGGGCCAUCUUCACGACCCGCAUCUCGUGUUCAAAUGUCCUCGUCUCGGGCUGACGACGCCUUCCGGCCAGCUUCUCGCACACAAAAGUCCACCGUCGAAGCUGGACCAUCUUCGCGACCCGCAUCUCGUGUUCAACUGCCCUCGUCUCGGGCCGACGACACCAUACUUCCGGUUUCUCGCGCUCAGAAGUCUACAGUCGAACCUGAGCAGCCUUUGCGACCAGUUUCUCGCGUGCAGAAACGCAUAGUCGAACCUGAGCAGCCUUUGCGACCAGUUUCCCGCGCACAGAAACCCGCAGUCGAAUCUGAGCAGCCUUUGCGGCCAGCUUCUCGCGCGCAUAAGCCCGCCCUCGAGUCUGAGCAACCUUCACGUCCUGUUUCUCGAGUGCAGAAACGGCCUGCCUCGCGCGCGGACGGAAACACCGCACAGGCCGAGGCUGCUUCGCGCCCCAGCUCGUCAGACAGCGAGAAGGUGGUGCCAAUCAACGUCACGUCAUCUCGGCAUAUCGAUGAUAUGGUCCGCACCAUGUCGCCUCAUUUCGAAGGCCGGGAAACUGAGGAAAAUUGGUUGCACCGUGAAAAGAGUGUGAUCGACCUUCGGCGCCUAACUCACGGCAAUGCCCCUCAGGCUUUCCCUCAGGCUUUUAUUGCCGCCAUGAAGACUCUUCUUGACGGCAUUUUCAAAGUUGUGAAUUCACUUCGGACUACUAUGUCCACGAACGGUUGCCUGUUGAUACAGGACCUUGCCAAGAUAUGCUCGUCCAAGAUUGAUCCCAUGAUGGAGAUCAUCAUGCAAAACCUUCUCAAGGUCUGCGCCAACAUGAAGAAAAUAACGGCGCAAAACGGAAACACCACUGUCGAUAUUGUGAUCGGCCAUGUUUCUUUCACACAUCGGAUCCUGCAGCACGUGUCCAGCGCCUCACUGGACAAAAACGUUCAACUGCGACUUUACUCCACCGGCUGGCUUCGAACCUUGAUCAACCGGCAAGCCCACCACAAGAGCUCAAUCGAGCACGGCGGCGGGCUGGAUCUCAUCGACAAAGGAAUCAAAAAAUGUCUCUCUGAUGCAAAUCCUGCGGUCCGCGAAGCAGUCCGCAGUACCUUUUGGACGUACCACCGCGUUUGGCCCGGCAGAGCGGACUCUAUACUUUCUACCCUCGAUGCAAAAACGCGAGUUAUGCUCGAGAAGGCGCCGGCCAACCCAAACAUCGACUAUCUUCCCUCCACCAAAACGUCCACUACGACACGCCAGGGUCCUGCAGUCAACACCCCUGCUAUCGCAGGCCGGUCCGCAUUGAAGGAGGCCAUCGCUGCGCGUAAGAAGGCGUAUCUGGCACCAGCCAAUGCACGCCCCGACACUCCUCCAACUGCUUCUACAUCCUCACUUUCAUCUGCGCCCCUACGGUCCGACGCUCCUCCAACUGCUUCUACAUCCUCACUUUCGUCUGCGCCCCUACGGUCCGACGCUCCUCCAACUGCUCCUACAUCUUUGUCGUCUGCUCCCCUGCGGCCAGGUGUCAAAGCCCGGCGCGUCGAAUCUCAGAUUUACGAGGAUCCCGUUGUUCCUCCCGUCCCGACGACGCCAACAGCGAAGGACGAGGAUUUUGUUGUUCCUCCCGCCCCGACGACGCCAAAAGCGAAGGACGAGGAUCUCGUUCCUCCCGCCCCGACGACGCCAACAGCGAAUGACGAGGAUCCCGUUGUUCCUCUCGCCCCGACGACACCAACAACCGUUUUUCAUAUCGAUACCCCGGUGCGAUCUGUCAGCCCAGCACAUUCGACCAUAUACCGACCGAUCAAAGCCGUCGAGCCUCUGCUCCCAGCCGGUGCGACGAACGUUAACGGGAGCCCGUCACCGAAGAGAACGAGAAUCCCGGUUCUGCAUCGGUCUGGCCCAAAGAACGCGCUACAAGAGCUGUCCAAAAACGAACCAGCCCAUCGGGACAACCGACCGCGCCUACCAUCGCUUCCUCGAAUGCCGUCCCUUCAUAUCGAACGCACACGUCGAAACAGCGGAGCUGGCACCAGUGUGGACGACUCCCGCCAUUGUAAGCGAUUCGAAAACGCACAGAAAAAGUUCGAACAGAGAAAGAGGAGCAUUAGCCCGCGCUCGAAGGAUCCGGCCAAAGGAAGGGAAAUGCUUGAGAAAGGAGUCCAUCGGAUCCGAUCGAAAAGUAUGGACAUCCUUGGCUACCGUAAGAUGCAAGGGCUAAUUGAAUACCAUGAUAGCUUCCUCCGUGAAGGGUCCCAGUGCGAAGACCUCUUAGACGCGCUACUAGACGAAUUGACGAGUACCCCCGAUGCAACUCACCAGUCUGCCGGUCGGGCCCUCGAUUUGAAAACACAAGUGCUACAAACAGUCCGAUAUCUGUUACGAAAUAUCCAUACUAGGCACGCGCCACGCGUGCUCCUCGCCAUCCUACAGGCGACCUAUUUUUAUGAGCCAUCGGCUCAUAUUUUUACGGAAAUAUCCGCCACGGCGGAAUAUAUUAUUACCGCCUAUUUUUCCGAGGAGUUGGCGCUCCUUCGGGAGCAGGCUCUCGCCUCAUCGGUGUUUUUGACGGCCCCCGAACCGGGCACCCGGCGGCAAGCCACGCAGAUGUGUGUGCAGCUGCACGCGAUGGCGGCCAACGAGGAGGAUUUUUGGCGGCUCGUCGGGUGCCCGGGGGGGAACACGAAAAACCUCCUCAUGUAUUACAUAGCCAGGCAAUGA